UGUAAUUAGUACUGGGGCUUGCCGAAUUGUUCUUUAUAGUAAGUGUAAGUUAUCCUUAUGGGGUGUUGGGUGGUAGUGGACUAACAUGGCGAAUUGGUUUGUGAUUAUAUAUUGUUUCGGGCUGGAUGCUCUGGUUACUGGAAGGCACAGCCUCCCGGCCGACCAGACCACCACCCAUGAAACCAGACAGCCACAACAAGUCAAUACGCCCAACAAGAGCUGGAAAGCGAAGCCACUGUCUGUCAGGAUCACGAAGCACGAACCACACCCCAGACGAAACUACAGAACAUCACCAGCAAUCAUCUAUAUGUCCUGACCCCAACAACCAUGACGACACAACCGCGAGAUACAUCGGAUAGCCAGGGGGGAGGGGAGAAACCAACUACAAGGGCCGCGCCAGGCGAGUGCAUAUGAAAACAAUGACAAGUA